AUGAAGUCCCGUGUUCACAUGUCGUCUCACGCUUUUGAUCUCAAGAUCGCACAUUACAAAGAGAUUUCCUGCCAGGUCAAAGCCUUCCGAAACCAGGUCAAGAACGGACUUUUAACGACUCAAGAGGUGGAAGAGAAAAGGCAAAUUGUCUUCAGUCUCUAUGCUGAUGGUAUGAAUGAUCUCGAAUGCUGGACCGAGUACCGAUUUCCAUUAUUUCGGACAUGA